GGAGGCAGCGUGUGCUUGGAGGGGUUGUAGUUCAGAGAGCCGGGAGUGUAGCUGUGGAUUUAAGUUGGCUUACACCCCACUGAGGUGAGGAGAGGCUGAAGACAGCAAAUGAUGACCAGAGAAUAGCUUGCGUGGGCAAGAGGCGAUAAAGGCUAAUAAAACCACAGUAGACAGGAAAUUGAGAUUUAAUGUGAGCCGAGUAAUAUAUAUUUUAAUCAUGCUUGUAGUUGGUAGGGAACGACCAUCGUAAAGCGAAGUGAAUGAACUUUCAACAGUUUUAUAGUUCAGAGAAGGUACACAUUCGGCUCACGGGGAAUGAUGGUCGAGAUCGCCCGAAACCGGCCUCUUAGAGAUCCUUUGCAAGUCCAGUGCCAUUAGGGUUUCUACGCCACGGUAAAGACGCUUGUAGUAUACGGGACCGUGUAAGUUAAAGGAUACGCUAAAGAAACUGGCUGGCAUUCAUUUGAUUUGUAGCAAUCGGUAUUCGCUGUCGAUCAGAUGAAAGUUUCAAAUCGGAAUAGAUAGAGGAGUUUAGGACGUUAAGUGCGUGUACUGUUCUCAAAAACGCAAAAUUGCAACCGAGAGAAACUUUCCGCAGCGGUCCGUCGGGGGGCUUUUCAGUAUAUUUGAUCGCGCCUAGAACCGAUAUUAGUGUCCCGGCCAUGGAAAAAUCGAAGAACUUUCGUAUCGAUGCCCUGCUGGCGGACGAGCCUCACAGAGCACCCCCCUCGCCGUCUUCGAGCCCAGACAGCCCCACCGGUAGCAGCCCCGUGUCCUGCCUGAGAACAGAGACCCCCUCGCCCCGGGCCCCCUCUGGGGUAAUUCAGCUGCAAACGGGAAUCAUCCCCAAACCCGGUCUCCUCAACAUACCGCACCCAGGACUGGCGACUUUGCCUCAGGGGGCCCUGCCCGGCAUGUACCCUGCGCCCAUGUACCCGAUCUCCGCCUUAGGAGCCCAGCAUCCCGCGUUUACCUACGCGGGCUUCUCGCACUUGACACAGCAGUAUCCGGAGCACCUGAAAGUGGCCGCGACCGGUUCCUUCCCGAUAGAGAACUGGAUCCGGGCCGGGAUCAUGGUACCACGACUGCCGGACUACAGCUCACCCCAGUCUUCUCUGAUGGGAAAAUGCAGGCGACCUCGGACGGCGUUCACAAGCCAGCAGCUCCUGGAACUGGAGAACCAGUUCAAGCUUAACAAGUAUCUGUCGCGGCCUAAGCGCUUCGAAGUGGCCACCUCUCUGAUGCUGACGGAGACGCAGGUGAAGAUCUGGUUCCAGAACCGGCGGAUGAAGUGGAAGCGCAGUCGCAAAGCCAAGGAGCAGGCCGCGCAGGCGGAGGCGGAGAGGCAGCGCGGGGGGAAGCAGGGAGACAAGCCAGGAGAGAGCCGGGGGUCUCCGCGGGGCGUGAGGGAGGAGGAGGAGGAGGAGGAGGAGGACGAAGAGGACGAAGAGGCCGCUCACCAGGAGUUUGGAAGCAGCUUGGGCCACGCCACAGACUACCUGCAGCACACCACUGACCUGAAUUACAGCCCACACGGCUCCUAUUCUGAGGAUGAGCUGGCGGAAGGCACUACUGACAGGAAAAUUGGAGUCGGCUUCUGAUGCCUUAAUCUGUAGAGUCUGGAGAUGGUGGUUCUUGCAUACACAGGCCAAAGGACAUCGCAGGACUGGACUGUGGUUGCAAUGCGCAUUUAUCUCUGUGCUUUUCUAUUUUUCCAGUGGUGCUCUCGUUCACCAACAGGUGCUGAAACCAGUCAGAGGGGUAUCUGUUUCCACAGAUGUGACUAAGCUACUCAAAAUUCCUCCUGAUGCUCUUGUCCAUAUGUUCCUGGCGUAGGACCCUUCAGCUCCCCAAAUGCUUCAAGCCAGGAAAGUAGUCCUGGUCUGAAAAUAGGAGUGCUCUGCUCUCCCGGAGAGUCAACGCGCUGUAAAUAUGUAUGUAACCCAAGCGUUGAGUUAAGACUGUGAAAACAAGUAUGAAUUUGUGAAAGGGUUUUUCACGUCAUCUGGUUCACCCAUUGAGAAGUCCAUCUGCUCCCGACAGAUGUGUUUUUUCUUCGCUAGCAGGAACCCACAAAAUAAAGACAAUGAGGACACCCACGUACACAUUUCCUCAUAUCCCGCACCAGAAACGACCAUAUCCCCAUUCCAAAGAAAGAUCUUGCCAUUUAAUCUGAAAAAAAACAACUUUCUCGAAACUGAUAAAACUUCCUGUCCAAGGCAUCGGGUUGAUUUGGAACGGCCAUCCUUGGCUUAGAAUCAGGUUCAGAAUCGACUUUUUAGCUUAAGUCUAUUUACUAUGUGACGUCGUGUCAGCAAGCCCACUCCGUGGACAGGUUUCCUACUCUUCAAAGCUUUUGCAUGAGAAUCACGCAUGGUCACCCCUGCAUCUCUCAUCAUGCUGGCACGUCUUUUCUGGCUGAUGAGAAAGGGCCUCCAUUUCUUUAUUAGUCGCCUCUGUGUCUGGCACAAGCCAAACACCCUGCUUAACACUGCUUCAGCAGGCACAGGUCUUGUCCCAUAAGGCCGAGGGCCUCUGUGACAAUCCAUUCAGCAGGAAUUGGGGUUGAUUUAAAACAUACAAUAUACAGUGCCUAUAGAAAGUCUACACCCCUCCCCUUGGAUGUUUUCACAUUUUAUUGUGUUACAGCAUAGAACCAUGGUGUAUCUAACUGAGAAUGUUUGCCGCUCAUCAACACACAGUACUCUAUCAUGUCAACGAAAAAAAAUCCAGACAUUUUACUAAAUUAAUUAAAAAUAAAAAACAGAAAAGAAUUGAACUGAAUAAUGGAAUAAUUGUUCUAUAGGCACUGUACCUGUAUUGAAACAAAUAUAAAGUCCAAUGUAAACUCUGGGAGCAUUAUUUUCCUUCAGUGUUAUGAUGCAGAGAAAGUUGAACAGACCUCUCAAGAAUUUCACUUCUAGUUUUCUAUAGUCCGGUGAUUUUCAAGUUCAGUUUACCUUUGAAAGUGUUGAAAGGCAAUGAAUCUGUGCAGUUUACUGAACUGUUUGUUUGACCUAUUUGCAGAACCAAAACACUGACAUCCACUAAUAUCUAUUUACUAAGAUAAAAGACUGCUAGUGUCCCGAGCAAAACUCAGAAUGAGUCGCCUGCAAUUUGAAAUCGGCGAGAGAGUUUUCAGAAUUGUCUUCCUUCUGCUUCUCUUCUUGUGCUUUCUGUGUCACUCACAUCGAAUAUGAGAAGUCCAGAUUCCGGUACGGUACUGGAAAUAAUCAGGUUUUAGGGGAAAAGAUGGGAAAUUCAAGGUAGAAGACAGACAGUGUUCUAUCAGUCAAACUGAAAGAAUGAGAAUAGUACCCUAAGCUUUGCUGUUUAACUCCAUAGGUAAGGUGGGAUUCACUUAUACUGUACUGUUUGUCUUCUAGUCCCGUGUUCAAGAAUUCUAGAGUAGUGUCCAUUAUAUUAUGGACAAUAAACAGAGAAAUGUGCAACAAGUUUUUUUCAGUACAUAUUGAAAUGUACUGUACCUUUCUGCGAGACAAUGCUUCCGUCAACAUUUCUGUACACUCUGUGGACCAACUGCGCUGAGAAGAUACUGUAAUUGAGAACAAAUAAGGAAAGGAACAGGUCUUUAUGACAAAACACUAAAACCUUACUGAAAGUGAUCAGAACUGCGAAGGAAUACUCCAUUCACACAGUGGUUUAAGUCUUGACUUUCUUUCAAAUAUCUUACCUCCUCAUCUCACUUUCUUGGGACUGAAAACCGUGAUACUGAUGAUGGACUACAGAUUUGCCAGGGUUUUUAAACUCCUUUCUAUUAUUGUUGUUAACAGUGUAUUGACGUUACUUAACCAUAUGUAUAUUUUAAUUUAUUUGCAUUUGAAAAAUAGUAUUUAUCCCUACUUAGAAUGUGUUGAUGUCUUCAACAAUCGUGAAUGAUGGGGGGAAAAAAAUCCCAUCUGUACAGUAUUUAUAACUUUUAUUUCUUGAAGUUGUGAAUGAUCCAAAACCAAAUGCUAGACUAAAGUAAAUUAAGCAAAAUAAAAAUGCCUAAAGUUGAAUACUC